AUGACCACCUUUGACAGAAUUGGUGGAGGGGGAGCCAAGAAGAAUCUCCAGAAGUCUGAUCCAGAAAACAUACAGAAGAAAUGUCAAGGUAACUUUGCCUUGACUUCAACCAGUUAUUCUUCGCUCACAUGCAGGUCUCAUUACUUUGUACAUCAUUUAGCCAACUACAUGGAACACAAGACCAGAGUUGACUCUUCUUCUUUGCGCCUAGGACAAAUCGGAGCUUCUCUAGCGAUCAACCAAGGGCAGUCGGAAGGGUGGCACUUUGACUGUAAUGAAGAUGUUGGGACCUAUUCUGUCAUUUCAGUGUUUGCCACAGGAGGGUGUAGCUCUACUCCAGAAAGACAUCAAGGAUGGUUGGUCCUGCCUCAACUCAAUGUAGAACUGGGGAUGCCAAUUGGGUCUGUCGUCUUCUUCCAAGUGCUGUGGAUCCAACCAUCCCCUACAUACUGA